AUGUGGCAAGUGGAGGCUUUUGUCCAUCUGCCCAAGUGCCUGGGCAGCCUCUGGCCCCCAGGUGGCUACGAGCACCAGCAGGAGAAGGAGAAGCUGGAGCGGGAGGUGUCCCUGCUGCGCAGUGCCAACGAGGACCAGCGGCGGCGGGCAGAGCUGCUGGAGCAGGCGCUGGGCAGUGCCCAGGCGCGGGCGGCCAAGGCCGAGGCCGAGCUCCGGAAGAAACGAGCCUAUGUGGAGAAGGUGGAGCGGCUGCAGGCAGCCCUGGGGCAGCUCCAGGCUGCCUGUGAGAAGCGGGAGCAGCUGGAGCUGCGGCUCCGCACCCGCCUGGAGCAGGAGCUGAAGAUGCUGCGGGCUCAGCAGAGGCAGGCAGGCGCUUCAGGUGGGGGGACGCCGGAGCUGAGCGCCCACAUGCUGUCAGAGCAGCUGAGGGAGAAGGAGGAGAAGAUCCUGGCGCUGGAGGCCGACAUGACCAAGUGGGAGCAGAAGUACCUGGAGGAGUGCACCAUGAGGCAGUUUGCCAUGGACGCCGCGGCCACGGCGGCCGCCCAGCGGGACACCACCCUCAUCAGCCACUCCCCGCGGCAUUCCCCCAACAGCAGCUUCAACGAGGACCUUCUCCUGGCCAGCCACAAGCACCAGGAGAUGGAGAACAGGUUAAAAGCCCUCCAUGCCCAAAUUCUGGAGAAGGAUGCUGUUAUCAAGGUCCUGCAGCAGCGCUCGCGGAGGGACCCCAGCAAAGCCCUGCAGGGCUCCCUGCGGCCGGCCAAAUCCGUGCCCUCCAUCUUCGCCGCCUCGGCCACCCCGAGCUGGCCGGGGGCUGGCCAGAGUGACCGCUCCGCUGAGGGCAGCUCCCGGGGCAGCACAGCAGGCAAAGCCAGUGCCGAAGGAGCGGGAGCUCCUGCUACCCUUCCCUUGCCCUCCCACUCCAAGCAUGGCAGCAAGGAUGGCAGCACACAGACAGACGGGGCUGGGAGCAGCGGGCAGGGCGAGGGCACCGGAGUGCUGGAGAGCUCAGCCGCUGCCAGAGCCCCAGAUCUGUCUGACAUGGUGGAAAUCCUGAUUUAAGGCCCCUCUGCCCUUCCUGCCGGCACCUCAGGAUGGAGAAGCCUGUGGGAAGGGGAGGCCGAGCCUGGAGCUCAGCGGUGUCCCCGCGGCCCGUCCCGGCAGUGACCCCCGUGCGUGGGAGGGUCCCUGUCCCCCCUCGGUGCCCACACGGGUCCCCGGCUGCGCGGGGCGUGCUGGACCCCGGGGACCCCGCGGUGGCAGCUUAAAAUACACCUCGUCAGCUCCAUCCCCAUCCCGGCUCCAUCUGCAUCCCAGCUCCCACCUCUGGGUCUUGGCCAUCUGCACCCACCCAGGAGCUUGGCCUCUGACAGGAAAAUCCCUCCCUGUUCGCCCGAACUGUUCCCACAAGCCAAUGUCUCCGCACGAGGGCAGAGCCAGGAGAGGGGAUCCUUGUCCUCCAUGGGUCCCACCGACCACCCGGAUCCACGCGGCCAAGCCAAGAGCCAGGAGCCCCAAACUUCCAUCACCUGCAUCCUGCCUCUGGGGUUCGUGGCAGGGUGACAGUGAAACAAAACACGAUCAUGGAGGGAAUGAAAGGUGUAGGAGAAAGCAGAGGUGCAGGGCUCCGUGGGAAGCGAGGAUGCUGAAGGAGGCAGUGGGAUGUGCCACCCCUCUCCUGCCUGCAUCCCCUGGCUACUGGCAGCUGGCUUUGCCCGUAGCCAGCAUCGACAUCCAGCUCCUUAGAGCCUCCCAUCCUUGCCCUUCAUGUACAUAUAUAUUUUUUUCUCUAUUUCUUCCUCCUUUCAACGUGUGCAUUUGCUGGCCAACUGCAUUUUUUAUUUUUCUCUCCCCAGACACGUAAAAAAUGCGUUCGGUUCUUGUGCAUUGUUUACAAAGUGGAAAAGAAACAAAAAGUUAUGAAAGAGGAGAAAAAAAAAAAAAAACAAGCCCCCACAACUUAAUAUAUUUUAUAUUAAUAUUGGUAUUUCUUUUUAAGUAUUUUUUUCGUGCUGUGAACUUUUUUUUCCUGCCAAAGACGACAAGUUCUCGUUUGUGCGUUUUAAGUUAUCUUUAAGUAUUUAAACGUAAACCUGGCUGUUUCGUUACGCCGCCCUAUACCGAGAUUGCUGUAGCAUUCCACUUGGUAUAAUGAUAUUUUAAUAAAAAAAACCCAAAUAUUGA